GCGUUUUCCAGUUUUCGAUUGAUUGCAUGAGAGAUUCGAACUCUCGCGGAGAAACCACAUGUAUUUAACGAGCACAUGCCUUAACCCCUCGACCGAUCUAAAUUCAGUGUAUUUAAAAGCCCCAAUCUAAUUUCCCUCGCAAUUAUUGAUUUCCCGCUCUGUAUAAAAAACCCUAACCCCUUUUCUUCUUCCUCCUCAAAACAAUUCUCAUCCAACAACACGCACAAUUUUGUUAAUCGCUAUGCCUACGGAUUCGCUGAACGACGUCGCUUGGUGCUCCUCCUCUGAGAUGGAGAAGUUCCUCUGCAACUUGGUGUUGGACUCAACCCAACCUAUCUCUGAACGCUUCAGAGCUCUCUUCUCUCUUCGUAACCUCAAAGGUCCCACUCCUCGCACCGCCUUAAUUCAAGCAACGAGAGAUUCAUCGAAUUUGUUGGCACAUGAAGCUGCAUUUGCAUUAGGUCAAAUGCAAGAACAGGAAGCCAUCCCUGCAUUGACCGCAGUUCUUAAUGAUCUUUCUUUGCAUCCCAUUGUUCGACAUGAGGCAGCUGAAGCACUUGGUGCUAUUGGUUUGGAUAGUAACGUUUCUUUGUUGAAGCAUAGUUUGAAUUCUGAUCCGGCUCAAGAGGUUCGAGAAACGUGUGAAUUGGCUCUUCAGCGUAUUCUGAAUUUAAAACAUGAUGAUACUAAUCAUGAUUUGACUGCACCUGGUAUUUCUCCAUUUAAGUCUGUUGAUCCUGCAGCACCGGCCACAUCUUGUUCUUCAGUUAAUCAACUAAGAGAGUUACUUCUUGACGAGGAAAAAGGGAUGUAUGAGCGCUAUGCAGCUCUCUUUGCACUUCGAAAUGAUGGUGGAAAUGAAGCUGUUGCUGCUAUUAUUGAUUCCUUGGGUUCCAAGAGUGCUUUACUGAAACACGAGGUUGCAUAUGUUUUGGGCCAAUUGCAAAACAAAGCUGCUUCAGAUGCUCUAUCCGAUAUACUUAGAGAUGUGAAUGAGCACCCAAUGGUCAGACACGAGGCUGCUGAAGCUCUUGGUUCAAUUGCAGAUAACCAAAGUGUAGCCCUUCUUGAGGAGUUUACAGCAGACCCAGAACCUCUUGUCUCACAAAGUUGUCAAGUUGCUCUAAGCAUGCUAGAAUUUGAAAGAUCAGGGAAAUCAUUUGAGUUCCUGUUCAUGCGCACUCCAAUUGUACAUUAAGUGUUUUUUAUGGUGACUUGUUUCAAUAACAUCAAGACAUGAAGAAUCUGCAUGAGGAUGAAAGGAUAUGGACAAAUAACAUACACCGAGAAAACCGUGGAUUUCUACUUUUAUUAACUCAAAGUUGAUGAAAUUAGGAAAAAAUAGCCCUAUAAAACAAGGGUUGAACUAUGGUUUUGUUAAUUUAUGAAAAGAAACAUUGUGAUGAAUUGAAGGAAUAUUUUAUACUUGCCAAAAUAAUGUCAACCUUUUAUUAUGGCUGUGCCACUGUAAGCA